GCCAUCCAGUCCCUUCGGACGAGGAGCGACAGCCUCUCUUUCUUCGUCUGUCCAUUGCGGUGCAGACAAUAAUGACGAGAAAGGAUUGGAAGUUAGAUCCCGAGGCAGUCCGUCGACGAGCUGCAUCCGUCCAAGGAUGCAAAGAAGUCCUUUUGACGCCUGAUCUCAAUCCAGCAUUGUGUAGUUUCCUGGUAGGCAUUGACGAUUCCGGGUGUCAAGUGCAGAAUCUAGCUCGCGUCAAUGUAUACGCGGAUACCGGAACGAUCGGAACUUGCAGGAUUCAGCAAGGCGAAGUCCGUGAGGUGUUCCGGCGGAACAUCAGCGACCUCAACUCCGUUGAAGGUAUCCUUCGCAAUCCUCCCACAAUUACUAUCAUUGAUGAAAACAUCGUCGGCAUGACGGACACGGAAAGCCCUACGACGAAAGUAUCGCUACAGACAGGAAUUGAAUUAGCGGACGUCGGGCUGGCAAUUUUGCAGGGAGAAAAGGAGAAAUUAAGAAUGCAUUUGGAAGCUUUGGACGAUAGGAGUACAUUGGACGACUCCUCGCGUUCCGUGACGUCGGUGACGUCUAGAUCCGAGUCUUCCCUCGGCCUUGCCGGUAUCGAAUUUCAAUUUAGUUUACCCCCGCACAAUAUGAAACAUGUGGAUCAGUGUUUGGGUGAGAUUAUCGCUAUGAACAAGGUUGUUCGUGGAGUUGCGACUAACGGAAAGGGAACAGUUUUCUUGUACGGGAACGCCGGUGUCGCAUACACACCAAACAUUCCGAGACCACUCUAUUCCAAAUUGAGUCAAUUAAGAAGUUCUGCAAUUACGCACAGACCAAGGUAUGUAUCGCUCGGAACUCGGGACCGGUACUUUGUAUCGUUUCAUGAUGCAACUUUUGCUUUCAAGGGACCGAAAGGACUCGAACGUGACCUAAAAAAUUCUCCCAAAACCCCAAGGUCAGUUGCAUUCGGAAGUACGUUUGACACAUACUUUAUCGUUUUCGACGACGGCUCGUGGAAAUGCCAAGGCCGGGGACUUCCUAAAGAGCUCGAAGAAAAAUUGGCGACUCGAGGAGACCGCGAUGAUUUGACUAUAGUCAACCUUGGCCCAGCAGGAGAGUGGUUUCUACGAGCAAACGAUGGUAAAACGUGGUGGGGCAACGUCUCCGAGGAAUUGAACACGGCCAUCAAUGACCUUACCAAUGAAGGCCACUACCUCAGCUUUGUCGAUUUUGGUGUUGAUGGUAGCUAUUUAAUCAGUUAUGACUGA